AUGAGGUGUGAGCGGCACCGGAAGUUGCGUCACGGCUAGCAGGAGAGCAAGCCAGCCCGGGGAAGAUGGCGGAAUACCUUGCCUCGAUCUUCGGCACCGAGAAAGACAAGGUGAACUGUUCCUUUUAUUUCAAGAUUGGAGCCUGUCGGCACGGCGAUCGCUGCUCCCGGCUCCACAAUAAGCCCACAUUCAGCCAGACAAUUGUGCUCCUGAACCUUUACCGUAAUCCUCAGAACACAGCGCAGAGUGCAGAUGGGUCCCACUGGUGCUCCGGUGUCCUCCCACAGUCCACAGCCCCAAAAACUACUGGCCGUGUGAGUGACAUUCAGGUACAGGAACAUUACGAUGACUUCUUCGAGGAGGUGUUCACUGAAGUGGAGCAGAAAUACGGGGAGAUUGAGGAGAUGAAUAUCUGCGACAACCUCGGAGAUCACCUUGUGGGCAACGUUUAUGUAAAGUUUCGCCGAGAGGAAGAUGCAGAACGUGCUCUUGUGGAACUCAACAAUCGCUGGUUUAACGGGCAGGCGAUCCACGCGGAGCUGUCUCCGGUCACAGAUUUCAGGGAGUCUUGCUGCCGACAGUAUGAGAUGGGGGAGUGCAACCGCGGGGGAUUCUGCAACUUCAUGCACUUGAAGCCCAUUUCCAGUGCUCUACGUCAGCAGCUGUACGGACGAGGGCGCAACCGACAGGUUGGAGUUCCGCACCACGCGCCGAAGCGCUUCUCCGAGAGACACCAGCCCAACGACAGAGAGAGACGCCGGCGUUCGCGCUCCCCCCGACUCAGGCACGGACGCUUCUGAGGAUCCAUUUCCAUCCAUCCAUGAGUGUAACGGAGGGGCGGAGUACGGGGAAGAGGGCCACAUUGUGUCACUGAGCUGUUACCAUGUUCUUGCUGGGGGGGUGGGGGAUUUUUUUAUUUUAUUUUAUUUUGGACAUCCUUGUGGCAUGGAAGAUUUUGACAGCAGAGGUGUCUGGCUUCUGUGUGGAGUUUGUAGGGUUUCCUUUUAACGUAGCCCCCACUCACAUAAUGCGGAAUCUUUGUACGGGGCAGAGCCUUUCCAUUUGAAUUAAAAUUGACCAAACGAGUUCAGAGGUCACCACAACUGAACCAAUCAGAGCUUAAUCUUAAGACAUUCAAGUUCUGCCACCUGCCCUCUCCUCCUCCUCUUCCUCCGUGCCUCCGGUUUAUCACCCAGCAGUGACCAAUCCAGGGUGUAGGGGGCAAGCAGCCCGGACCAAUAGCCACAGUAUGAACCUGUGGGCCGCAGGUGGGGGGCGGGGGGGCGGGGAGAAUCCUUUUAGGUUUGUCUGGUUGUUUAUUUUCUCUACCCAAGGAAUUUUAUAAGUGUCCUGUUUCCACAAGUCCACAGCUGUGACAUCUGUUUCACCACUUUUUGUAUAUCAAUAUACCCAAAGACAGAAGCCAGGCUCCUGGUACAUUGGGAUGGAAAUCAAACCUGCCUUCAACUUCAGGAAAAUUAGUCUUUAUUUGGGUGGGAGGGGGGUGGGGUUUUUUUUUAAUUUGUUUUAUUUUAAUUGCAAAAUUUAUCUGACUGCUGAUAUGAAUUGUCCCUUUCCUAGGCAGAGGCGCCACCUAGUGCUCAAGAGACUGAACAGCGCCUCUGCUGUUUAGUCAUGUGUGACUGCAGUUUUCCUGUUUUUGUUAAAUAAUAAUAAAAUGAUAAAAAUAAAAAAAAUCAA